AUGGGAAACAAAGCUACAACAACGGUGAAAGAAGAACGCGAAGAGAUCCAUUUGAAGAUUGUACCUCCAUUGGACAGAGAUUUUGUGCGUUGGCUUGCAAGAGAUCUCCAGAGAGUUCAUUGUUUCAAACCGAAGAACAACAACACUCGUGCCAUCACUCCUCCAGAUCGAUACAUUGAGUUCAUGCGGUUGAAUGGAUUGCUUGAUGUGGAUUUGGAUGACCCUGAUCUUGCCCAUCUGUUCAAGGUGGAAUUAUCGAGAUUCGCUCCGAUGUCUGAGUUUCAGCAAGAUUCUGAGCAAUAUCCACCUUCCAAGCGGCAGUAUCAUCAUUCCGUGGCUUCUAUGAAGCCUCCGUUAGUUGCUCCCGGCGAGUAUCACCGGUUUGACGCGGCGGAGACUCGCGGAGGUGGAACUCCUGAUCAGGCUGCUGAGGCGAUCGUUAUUAAAUCUGCUCUGAAGCGUAAGACAGAUAUGGUAAACCAAAUAGAUGAGCCCAGUGAAUUGAAUACGGGUGUUCUCCAAACACCUGUAUCAGGGAAAGGAGGGAAGCCCAAAAAGUCAUCUAGGUCAGUCAAGUCUAAUAAAACUGGAACGCUAGCUUCUGGCUCUAAUGCAGGUUCUCCUGGAAACAACUUUGCACAGGCGGGUACUUGUCGGUAUGAUAGUUCGCUAGGUCUUUUGACGAAGAAAUUUAUCAAUUUGAUAAAACAAGCAGAAGAUGGUAUUCUUGAUCUGAAUAAAGCAGCUGAUACAUUAGAGGUACAAAAGAGACGGAUAUACGAUAUAACCAACGUGUUAGAAGGAAUAGGUUUGAUUGAGAAGACGCUCAAGAAUAGGAUUCAGUGGAAGGGACUCGAUGUCUCAAAACCAGGAGAAACAGUCGAAAGCAUAGCUAACUUACAGGAUGAAAUACAAAACCUCACAGCUGAGGAGGCAAAGUUAGAUGACCAAAUCAGAGAAUCCCAAGAAAGAUUAACAAGCUUGAGCGAAGAUGAGAACAAUAAAAGGUUACUGUUUGUUACUGAAGACGACAUCAAGAACCUACCAUGCUUCCAGAAUAAGACGUUGAUAGCUGUGAAGGCACCGCAUGGAACAACUCUUGAGGUGCCAGAUCCCGAUGAGGCUGGUGGUUAUCCCCAGAGGAGAUAUAGAAUAAUUCUGAGAAGCACAAUGGGACCAAUAGACGUGUACCUAGUCAGUCAAUUCGAAGAGAAGUUUGAGGAGAUACCUAAUGCUGAUGAACCUUCAAAUCUUCCAUCAACGUCUGGUCUCCCUGAGAACCAAGAUGUACCCACGCCGAUGGAGGAAGACAGCACCGACAAGAACAUGGAAACUGAGGAAGUUGAUGAUACCCAAAGAGUUUACUCCGAGAUGGAAUCUCAUGACUUUGUUGAUGGUAUCAUGAAGAUUGUUCCUCCAGAUUUGGAUAUGGAUGUAGAUUACUGGCUCAGGUCAGAGGUAGGCGAAGUCAGCAUCACAGACUUGUGGCCAAACGAAUCUGGAGCGGACUGGAACCAGAUAGUUACAUUUGAUCAGGACCGUGCUGGACCGAGCAACACAACCUUGGAGCAGCCAAGAACUCCAUCGAGCCCAACACCAGAAAAUCUCACUGCUACGAAAUCUACAGGUAGCUGA